GCCAACCUUUAAAAAAAAUAAAAAAUAAAAAUUCAGACAAGCAUUUUUCGUCUGUGUCUAUAUCUACAUGCAUGCCUGAGAGACAAAGGAAACCCAAGAACUCAGUUAAUCUGAAGAGAUCCAAAAAAAAAAAAAAAAACUAAACUAGUUUAAGAAAUGGAAGUUCUCAUGUCCAACUGGAAAGAUGUUCAAUCCAUUCCUCCAAACUAUAUUUUCCCUCCAGACAGAAGACCAGGAAAGAUUAGUUUCCCCAACUGCAAAGAUAUCCCGAUUAUCGACCUCCGAAAAAUAGAUGGCCAUGAUGAUCGAUCUGAAACAAUCCAGCAGAUUAUCAAAGCAUGCAGACACUUCGGAUUCUUUCAGGUUAUUCACCAUGGGAUUUCUGAGAGCUUAAUGGAAGAAGCAAUGAGUGUGAUCAGGGAGUUCUUCCAAAUGCCAGGUGAAUACAAGUCAACUUAUUACUCAACCGAUAUGAACAAAAGAUGCAGACUCUUUUCUAGUACUACAGUCUAUGAGAAAGAGCCAUUUCAUUUCUGGAGGGAUAAUCUCACACAUCAUUGUCAUCCCUUGGAGGAAAAUAUUCAAUCUUGGCCUGAAAAGCCACUCAGAUACCGAGUUGUUGUGAGUGACUAUUCAAUUGAAGUUCGGAGGUUUCUGUUGAUGAUUCUGGGCCUGAUUUGUGAAGGGCUUGGACUGAGGCCUGGUUAUUUUGAAGGGGAACUAACAAAGACUCAGUUGUUUUCCGUGAAUUAUCACAUUCCAUGCCCUGAUCCAAGCCUGACACUGGGAAUGCCGGAGCACUUUGAUCCUAAUAUCAUCACCAUGGUUCAUCAACUGGCUAUCCCUGGACUUCAGAUCUUCAAAGAUGGUGAAUGGCUCGGUGUCAAGACUUUGCCUAAUGCAGUUUUCGUCAUUCCAGGUCUUCAAUUGAAGGUAAUCAGCAAUGAUUUGUUCAAGAGUCCUUUACAUAGAGUGAUACCACAUGCGACGGAGACUCGAACAACCAUAUCCUCCUUCCUCGUUCCGUCUACGGAUGUGCUGAUUGAACCUGCCGAAGUAGCAUUAGGAAAUCCUCCGGUUUACAAAGCUUUCACAUACAAAGAAUUCUUCGCUGCCAAUAGUGGGAAAGGUUGGGGAGUUGUACUGGAGAGUUUCAGGCAACAAAUACCAGAGUGA